AUGAGAUUGACCUCUACUGUCCUCGUUGCCCUCCAAGCGUCGAUGGGGCUGUCCCACGCCAUACCCCCUGAGGCCUACAAGCACAAGGAACAGCUCUCUGAGCUUCCUGAAACCUACAAGAAGCACUACCAGGGGUUCGAGAAGACGACCAAGGUGACCACGCACCGGUAUUUCAGCCCCAGUCACGGGAAUCAUGCUGAGAAGGAAGGCGAGCGUGAACACUUCCACAAAGACCGGGAGGAUGAAUCUGAUGAUGAAUCCGACGAUGAGUCCGACGACGAAGAUGACGAAGAGGAUGAGGAUGAGGACGAAGAAGACAAACCUCACGCAACCAAGUCCCUUAAGCCCGGUUAUGAGAAUGUCAUCGCGGGCUAUGAGUGGGCUGGACCUAAUGUGGUGACCGAGACUCCUUGUUCCAGCGUUGACGGUUGCCCCCAAGGCCAUUGGUACGACUUACCCCCUGUGAACGGAGUGUCCCGCAUCGCCCAGUACACCAUCGUCCCAGCCACAGCUACACCCUCCCCAUCCAAGAGCCAACAUGAUGAGUCUGAGGAGGAUGAACAUGCGCACAAGUUCAUACAUCGCCAUGGAAAGGGUUUCGCCAAGCGCGGUGACACAUAUGGUCACGGGGCUACCACAGAAUCGCACCAUCAAGAUAACUACAGUCACAGUCACAGUGACACAAGUUACUCUCAUAGCGUGAUUACAGAAACUAUCAGUCAAGAUGGCUGCAGCAAGUACGAACGCAGGGCGCCUUGCGAAAUCAAGAGAAAGGAGCCCGUAAUCGACCCCAAUGCACCUCUCCCGAGGCUCAGGACACAUCAACUUCUGAACAUUGAAGGAAUCCCCCAGUGGAAAAAGAAGUACGUGGCUAAGAAGCUGCCUUUGGAUGAGGAAACGAAGAAGGACUUCAUUGAGAAGAAGGAAUUGGACGCAGAGAUGAUCACCAAGCUCAACGAGCUGUAUGCCGUCAUGUUCUAUGACAGAAAGUACAGGAACGUCAAGGACUUUCUCAAUAGACCGUCAAAAUACACUAGCGGCGGCACCGGACUACGAAAGAGGCAACCUGAGAGUGAGAAGCCGCCCAGGCUCACUCAAGAGCAACUUAACAUGAUUAUAGCAGCCCCGCGACUCCAACGUGGCUGGCUCGCGGGAAUGCUUGACAUGAAAAAGGACAUUGCGUUGGAGUUUGUGACUGCGAAAGAGUUUAGACCCGAGCUGAUUGAAAGGUUGAACAAGGAAUAUGCCCGCGUUUGGAAGGACCGCGAGAAGUACAAACAAGUGCUCGACAAGAUAGGCGUCAAAUGGAAGCGAUAUGAGCCACCAUCGCCCAGGAUCAGACCCGAUCAACUGGCAGAUUGGGAAAGGCAUGAUAGUUACAACCGGGGACGGAUCGCAUUCAAUCUUGGCUUUAAGAAAGAACUCAGGAAGGAAUUCGUCCAUACCCUCAAGUUUACACCUGAGCUGGUUGAGAAGCUUAACAAGGAGUAUGCUCGUUGCCUCAAGAACCCCAAGAAGUAUCCUUUCCUCGAGCGGCUUAACAACGUGUGGUGGCCGGAUCGACCAACUAGGUUCAAGCCCGAAAAACAUGUCAACAAACGCGUCCGCAUAGAUUCCCACCGCGAGGGCUCUGAGGUUGAUUCUGGACUUGAUGAGGAGGUCAAAGAACUGCUUAAAGUCAAGAAGGAAGUUCGCGAGCAUAUUGCCAAGGAGCUGAAUUUUGACAUAUCCCUAACUGAAGAGUUUGUCCUGGCCAAGAAGCUGACCAAUUCGGUGGUCCAUAAGUUCAACAAGGCGCUCGAGGAGACAAAGACAAGCCCAAAGACUCGAAAACUGCUUAAGAAGCUUGUUGACAAGCACGAGGCCAAGCAAGCUGCCUACGACCAAGAGAGAGUCAAUAUCUCAUUGGGAGAGAACAAGCAGAAGAAGGGGAAGUGGUGCAAGGAGUUCAUGGGUGAGUUGGAGGACACAUUGAAUGUGUCUGAAAAGGAAGUCAAGGAGAAGAAGGAUUAA